CAUUUAUCAUGACACCAGCAAAACAGAGAUCUUAAUUUAAGAUCCUUUUUUGAGGCAAACAGCUGAUAAGUUUUGCUUGUGCUGUUCAGUCCCAGAAGCUCCAUUACAGGUGUCUUUGCAGCAAAACAGUAAGGAAGAGCAUAUUCAUAUAGUAUGGAUAUGAAGAGCAGAGUUCUAAUAGUGGGGGGCACUGGUUAUAUAGGCAAAAGAGUUGUGAAGGCCAUUAUAGCUCUUGGCCACCCUACUUAUGUUUUGUUCAGACCACAAGUGGUUUCUGACAUUGACAAAGUGCAGAUGUUGUUAUCUUUCAAACAGCUUGGGGCCAAACUUGUUGAGGCUUCAUUGGAUGACCAUGAAAGGCUUGUGGAUGUUGUGAAACAAGUUGAUGUAGUGAUCAGUGCUGUUUCAGGAGGUGUGGUGCGCCACCAAAUUCUUGAACAGCUCAAACUAGUGGAGGCCAUUAAAGAAGCUGGCAAUAUUAAGAGAUUUCUUCCUUCGGAAUUUGGGAUGGACCCAGAUGUUGUGGAGCAUGCAUUGGAACCCGGUAACAUAACAUUCAUUGAUAAGAAAAAGGUUCGACGUGCUAUUGAAGCUGCAAACAUUCCCUACACAUAUGUGUCUGCAAAUAUGUUUGCUGGGUUCUUUGCUGGAAGCUUAGCACAACUACAAGAUGAUGUCCGCAUGAUGCCUGCUCGAGAUAAAGUCCUCAUAUAUGGAGACGGAAAUGUUAAAGGUGUUUAUGUGGAUGAGGAUGAUGUUGGAAUAUACAUAGUCAAAUCAAUUGAUGAUCCUCGCACCCUUAACAAGACUAUGUAUAUCAGACCACCAAAGAAUAUACUUUCACAGAAAGAAGUAGUUGAAAUAUGGGAGAGACUAUCAAGAUUGAACCUAGAAAAAAUCUACAUUUCUGAAGAUGAACUUCUAAAUAUGGAAGAUAAAUCUUAUGUGGAGAAGAUGAAACGAUGUCAUCUCUAUCAUUUUUUUAUCAGAGGAGAUCUUUACAAUUUCGAAAUCGGGCCCAAUGCUACUGAAGCUACCAAGCUUUAUCCAGAAAUCAAAUACACAACCAUGGAUUCAUAUAUGAAGCGUUAUGUCUAAUAGUUUUAUAGUUAUAGAUGAUAGAUUUUUCUUAAAUAAUAGCUUGAAAUAUUCAAUACUCAAUAAGCAUGUAUGCAUGGGGUGACCCAUGUAAUGUAGCGGUUAAAGACACUUGCUUGGUGAAACCGCUACCAAGGUUCAAAUCCUCGCUCGAUAGCUAUGCUCGCAGGCUUUGUGCUUUCAUUGGGCUAGUGGAUUUACAGAUUUGAACAACAAUAGUGUUCAACACAUUAAAAUGUGCCCCUUAUUAAUAAAAAUUAAGCAUGUAUGCAUAAAUCAUACACAACA